AUGGGAACGAAGUUGAUCGCGGUUGAGAAAUUUGGAGUUAGUGCUUUCACAGCCACUGGUCGUAUCAAGGCCCUGGAACCAACAGGUGGCCAGAAAGAGUAUUUCAUCAAGCAAGCUGCGUAUUUCUAUCUCUCCGAAUUCGUGGACAUGGAUGUGACCACCCCCCCAGAUCCCGUUGAAUGGACGAAACGGCUAGCCAACAUGCACAAACAAAGUCAACCACCAGCCGGACAGUUCGGCUUCCCUGUAAAAACCUGUGACGGCAAAAUAGCUCACACGACUGACUGGGAAGAGAGCUGGGCCGUCUUUUACCGCACACUCUUCCUAGGAGUCUGCAAACGCGACAUCGAAGCCAACGGGUCGUGGCCUGAGUUGGAGCUCGCGACAGAACAAAUCGCCAACGCCGUGAUCCCCCAACUUUUGGAUAACUUGAAGAUGUCAGAUGGUCAAAAGAUCAAGCCCUGCAUUAUCCAUGGUGACCUAUGGGAGGGCAACAUGGGGAUCAGCAAAGAGACCAACAAGUCCCUCCUCUUCGAUGCUGGAUCAUACUUUGCCCACAACGAGAUGGAACUUGGGCACUGGAGGUGCGAAUUCAGUACCGUGUUCCGUGACAAGAGCUACACGGAACACUACCAACAAAAUUACCCUCCUGCUGAGCCUGUGGAGGAGUUUGACGAUCGCAACCGGCUGUACAGCCUCAAAGGAGCCAUCGUUUAUUCCGCUGGCCACCCGCAGAGUUCCAUGAGAAAGACGGCGUACAACAAUAUGCUGUAUCUCAUUGAAAAGUACGCCCCACUGAACGGAGUAGACAAAUACGAUCCGAACAUCGACCCAUCCAUCAUGGGGGCAUGCAUCGUGCCCCAUCUUGCCGAGGGGUUCAUUUGA